AUGGCUUCCCCCGGUUCCUCUGGCACCACCGGCACCAACCCAUUGGCCGGCCCCGAUCCCGUCAUCAUCCGCGAUCUCAACAUCCUCGAUCGGGUUCCCGUCGUUCUCAAUCAUCUCACCUCCACCUACUACGCCUGGAAGAUGUACUUCUCCCUUGUGUUCCGUGAGUACAAUCUCCAGGAUCACAUCGAUGGCUCCGUGGAUUCCUGGUUCAUGGAGGACGAUGAGGAGUGGAUGACCAUCGACGCCACUCUCAUCCGUUGGUUCUACACCACCAUCUCGAAGGACCUCUUCCACCCGGUGGUCUCUGCCGAGGAUGACGCUCACGCCGUCUGGACCAAGCUCAACGGCCUCUUCACCGACAACGCGCUCCAGCGCAAGGUUUUCUUGCACGGCGAGUUUUUUGGGUGUCAGCAGCAUGACUCGCUCGUUGACGAUUAUUGCAUGCGCCUCAAGAAGCUUGUUGACGAGCUCCGUGACCUCGGUGAGAAGGUCUCCGACGAGCUUCUUCUCAGCACACUCAUGGCCGGCCUGAACGACGACUUCGAGAACGCCGCCUCCAACAUCCGCCUCAUCACCGCCCCGACUUUCCCCAAGGUCGUGGCGUACCUGAAGCUAGAGGAGAGGAGGAUGCGGAUGUCGCGCACGCGGGCCACUCACACGGCCCUCAUCGCCGGUACCCAUGGCGGCGUCCCGCCCACCGCCCCGGCCCCCCAGCCGCGGCCCGGACCGGGCCCCUUCCAGGCUCCGCCCCCGCACGGGUUCCCCUACCCGCAGCAGUAG